AUGUCGCCCCCUCAUCUUAACAACGACGUUGGCUGUGGUGGAUGUGGCGUCACUCACGACUGCAAUGGAGGAGGAAUCAUGAAUGAAUUACACCAAGGAGGCAAAACACAAACAGUGGCUGCGGCUGCGGCGGCCAACGUUGACGGCUAUUUGCGUAAUGCGUCAAAGCGGGUUCGCGUCCCGAGUGCAUCAGGUGGACGGGGGACACGGCGUAAGCUGGCCAUGGUAACCGCGGAGAAUGUGGAUCGAGCGCCGCAGCCUGUGAUCGUGGCGAACACGUCUGAUGAAGUCGACGUGGAUGACGAGUGGGACGAGGUGGUGCUGCCGGAUGCGGCUGUUGCGGUGGCGAAGAAGGAUGAGGUGAAGACCACAAAGGAGGAGAGUCGUGAAAUGGCCAAAAUGGGGGCUCCCAAGGCUGCCCCAGGCGAUGGAGGCGUCAAGGUGGAGGCCGUGCAGGUGGAGGAUGACGAAGAGAGUGGGGAGGCUGAUGACCCUAGCACACGGUUGUUGAUGCAGGGCACACGGCCACCAUUGUCAGGCACACCGAUGCAACGAUGGGGGCGAAAUGACCCUUCCUACGAGCGUAUACUCGAGCAGCAGCAGCUUCUCGCGGCUCAACGACGUUCGGAACGAAUUCGACGUGCUGCAGAAGGCAUGGCGGUUUUGAUUUUUGCCCUACAACGGGGCAGGGUACUGUUUAAGGAAUCCCGUCACCCGCGGCUCUUACGAAGACUGCUACGCGUAAGCACUGCUGGGGGUGACGGUUCGAGACUGUUUCCUUUGCUACGUGCUGUACAGCUGGCCAAGGAAGAUUAUCAGCGAGCCCUUGACCCUGCAGUAAAAACGCCUGCCCUGUCACCCUGUUGGGUUACUGUGAGCAAGGACACUGUCAGGAAUCAUACCUCGAGUUCUAUUAUGACACUGCUUAGUGGUAUCACGUCGGUCUUCACUCUUGGGGAAAUGAUCGAUACCUCAGUUCUCUCUAAUUGGGCAGUUCCCAUUUCCUCUGGGUAUCUAUUUAAACUUUUGUCAAAAUCGCGACGCUUGCUCACUUCCCCUGAUGCGAAGUUGAGCCUUUCUCAUUCGUUGUAUUUUUGCGUCCUAUUUCUUUCACUUGCCAGUGUGUCGGGUAUGUCAUGUCGACUGGUGAUGGCGAUGAAAAAAGAACGCGAGCGACAGAAUGCUGUGGCAACUGAAAAUAGUGAUGCUCCUGCAAAACCAGCGCAGAUGACGCUGUUUGUGCCGCGUACAAAGCGGCCUCGGAAAGAGGGAACUGCUGAGGGAGAUCAUUUGUUCCAAAAGCUGCCAUCGUCAUGCUUCUGGGUGGAGGUUUGGUGCCCGCAGCGUGAGAGCUUCAUUGCUGUCAACCCGUGUAGGGGUUGCACCGCACUUUGGGGAGCUCCAUAUACGUUUUCGGUAAGCGGAGAUGUAGCCAUGGAUGUGACGCCGAGGUACUCCACAAAAUACAGCAGCGCAUUUUUGUAUCGGUGGGGUCGUUGUGAUGCAUACCGCUUCUUCUGGAAGCGUCUGGACUGGAACGACAACAGAGAAGCCUCUGAGGUCAUACUCGACGCCUUCCGUAAAGACAUGACACAAUGCACACAUAGUCAAUUAGCACGAGAACGCAAGCAGCUCCAUUCUCUUGCGUAUGCUGAGGAACUACCAAAGACGUUGACGGCGUUGCAGAAGCAUCCGUUGUUUGUUCUUGAAAAUGAGCUGGCGCGGCAUGAGGGAAUCUAUCCGAAGGAUAAGACAACGAUUGUUGGUAGUGUGAAGGGUCACAUGGUGUACAAGCGAUCUGCCGUUGUCAAUUUACGUAGCCGAGACGGGUGGCUUCGUGUGGGACGUUGUGUAGUAAGCGAGGAUGAGCUUCCAUACAAGGUGGUACCCCCGCCAGCAUCACGUCCUUUUGCAUCAUCUUCGGGUUUCUUUGGUGUAUGGCAGACGAAACUGUUUGAACCCAGCCCUCUCCGUAGUGACGGGUCAUUGCCUUUGCAUGGCAAAACUCACUGGUAUGUUCUUCUGGGUAAGCCUGUACCAGAAGGGUUAUUGUAUAUUCAACGACCUAAUAUUGCCCGAGUGGCUCGCCGAAUGGAUGUUGAAUUCGGUCUUGCUGUCAUGGGGUUCCAACGGCGCCGUCUAGAAGAGUCUCGGCAUGCACACUGGGAAGCUGUUAUUGAUGGUAUUGUUGUGAAGGAGGUGGAUGCUGCCAAUCUUUUGCACGCAUACGAUGAUUGGAGGCGUCUGAGAGAGGAACAGGAGGCCGCCAAACGACGCCAGCGGGCGAAUCGAUGGUGGUUACAUUUGACUCAACGAAUGCUGGCGAUGCAGCGUGUUCGUGAACAGUACUUGGAUGGUGCGCGGCAUGGGUUUCUUUAUGUGCAUUGA